ACUGUCAGUGAAUCCAACUCUCCCAUACAUAAAAAUGUCAUUGAAUUUUGACAAAAAUUAAAAAAAAAUAAAUGGUCGCGUGGCUCGAGAAAGUUUUCGUAAAAAGUGUUUAACAAACAAGCGAAAAAAAACAUUGAAUUUGUGUUUGGAUUAUGGUUGAAAAAUCAAGCAGAUAAAUUAUUUGGUUUUGACGUGUAAACAUCCUAAUAAAUCGUACGAUAAUAUGGCUGAUAAUCAAGUGAAAGCAAGUAGUUCUUCGGAACCUGAAAUGAAGGGCUGGUUACUGAAAUGGACAAACUAUUUGAAAGGAUAUCAGCGACGUUGGUUUGUUCUUUCGAACGGAGUAUUAUCCUAUUACAGGGCUGAACAUGGAGUCGGAGCUAAUUCCGGUGUACGAAGUACCGGGGGUAAAUUAUCUAUUCGACGUCGCAGGCAAAAAGACUUCCGACAGGAAAAUCAAGCUGAGAUGGCACACACAUGUCGCGGAACGAUAUCGCUACAUGGCGCUCUUAUACACACGGUUGAUUCAUGUACAUUUGCAAUCGCUAAUGGUGGCACGCAAACGUUUCACAUAAAGGCAGCCAAUGAAGUUGAACGUCAAUCAUGGGUGACGGCACUUGAGUUAGCCAAGGCAAAGGCUAUACGUGCAAUGGAAAGUGAAGACGAGGAGGACGAUGCGGAUGCCCUUUCAAUUCCUAAUGAAGAUAUGGACACUGUUCUGCGUGACUUGUCACCUCGAUUAGAAAAUCUGAAGACAUGCUAUGAGCUUAUAUCGAAACAUGGCACGGCCUUGCAACGCGCACUAACCGAUUUGGAAUCCGGUGAUGAUUUGGCAAACCGAAGUAAAAUAGUUAGUGAACGAGCUACCUUAUUCCGCAUAUCAUCGAAUGCGAUGAUAAAUGCAUGCAAUGAUUAUCUGAUUACCGCGCAAAAUCAAGGACACAAGUGGUCGAAAAUGAUGCAACACAAACGGGAUCAACGACAGCACCUUGAAGAAAUGGUAGAACAGUUAGCCAGGCAACAUUCACAUUUGGAACAGGCCGCACAUCGUUGCAGACCAAAUCCAGUGACAUCAGCAACAUCUGAUGACGAAGACAAUGAAUUUUACGACGCUCAAGAGGAUGGAGCAUCAAUAGCCUCACAAGGGGACAGUUCGUUUAUUUUGAAAAUACCUCGGUCCUCCAAACGAAAUUCCAACGACGCGACCGGCAGUUCAUCUGAAGGAGAAGAGCCGAAAAGUGAAACGCAGCAGGUACUGGUAGUUACGGAAUCUGAUACGAAGAAAACCAUGGAUGACACGGACAGCAUUAAAUUGACAACGGUACAGAAAACGCCCGGUCGCAAGCGACGAUCCAAAGUGCCGGAGAAACCGAAUUAUCCGUUGAAUUUGUGGUCGAUCAUGAAGAAUUGCAUCGGCAAAGAUUUGUCGAAAAUUCCCAUGCCCGUCAAUUUCAACGAACCAUUGUCCAUGCUGCAACGCUUAACCGAAGAUUAUGAAUAUGCCGAUCUGUUAGAUAUGGCAGCCGAAUGUGAUGAUCCCUGUGAACAAUUAGCAUAUGUAGCCGCAUUCACCAUUUCCAGUUAUUCAACGUCCAGUAACCGAACCGGCAAGCCAUUCAAUCCAUUAUUGGGCGAAACGUUUGAAUGUGAUCGAAUGGAUGACUUGGGAUGGCGGUGUGUAGCUGAACAGGUGUCACAUCAUCCACCGAUGGCUGCAAUUCAUUGUGAAGGUCGCGGAUGGUCGUGUUGGCAAGAAUUUACAAUGACGAGCAAAUUUCGAGGAAAAUAUCUUCAAGUUAUUCCGUUAGGCACCGCGUAUGUGGAAUUUAAAAAGAGUGGCAAUCGAUACGGAUGGCGAAAGGUUACGACCACUAUUCACAAUAUAAUUGUCGGCAAAUUGUGGAUAGACAAUCACGGUGACAUGGACAUCAUUGGCACCAACAAAGCCAAGGGCAUCAACUGCCACUUGAAGUAUAUUCCGUACUCAUAUUUCACAAGAGAAACUCAGCGUAAGGUGAAGGGUGUCAUAAUGAAUCAGGACAGUCAGGUGAAAUGGGUUCUGAGCGGUACGUGGGACAAUAAAAUCGAAAUAGCGCAUGUCAUUUCAACCAGUGGAUCGGCUGACAGUCCAGUAUAUAAAACUGGAAAUUAUAAAACGAUUUGGGUACGGCGUAUGCCGCCUUCUGAUAGUGAUAAGUAUUACAACUUUACCGAAUUAGCAUGCCAAUUAAACGAAAUAGAACCAGGUGUGGCACCAACAGAUUCUCGUUUACGUAGCGAUCAACGAUUAAUGGAGGAUGGGCGCUGGGAGGAAAGUAACGCCGAGAAAAUGAGAUUGGAGAAAAAACAACGAACCACUCGACAUCAACGCGAAGCCGAAGCUGAAACAGCUGCAGCCGAAGGACGUCCAUUUACACCAUACGAACCGGUAUGGUUCGUUAAAGCGAAAGAUGAAGACAAUCCCGCUUACGAUGCAUUCAUUCAUGUCACGCGCGGUACGUAUUGGGACGCCAAACAAAAACAAGAUUGGUCACAAUGUCCGGAAAUUUUCUAAUCGCAAAAAUUACGGCGGAAAAUUUGAAAAAUUUGUAAAAUCAAAAGUUUUCAAUUUUUUUGAGAUUUUUCUUUUUGUUGAUUCUAACUGGAAAUAUGUGGGACAUGGUUUGGUUUCGAUUAAUCAAAUAAUUUUUUUUUUGUUUUUUCGUUGUUGCUGUUGUUGUCCUUUAAUUUAUCGGAUGAACUUUUUGAGGAAAAAACGAACGUUUAGCCAUCAUUUCUACAAUAAUUACACGAAAGUGAAUGAAUAGCUGAAUAGAAUAUUGAAACGAUAUUUUACUGCGAAAUGCCUGCUCUUAAGCUCUAACACACAAUCAUUGACGUCAUUAACAAGAGAAUAAUCGAUUAUGAUCAAUCGUGGUCAUUGACAUGGUCAAUGACCGUGAAGAAUCGUAAAAAUUCAAAUCACUAAGUCUUGGCGAUUCUUCACGCUUCGGUGAUAUUCUUAGCGAUUUCUUUUUUUAUUUUUUGAUUUCGCAAACCCAAAAUGUCAAGAAACGCUAAGAUAAAUCGCCAAGGAGUCAAGAAACACAAAGAAGAAUCGUUAAAGUGUGAAGAGACGCCAAAAGAGAUCGACGAAAUGUAAAUCAAAAUGAAAAUCAAAAUAAUUCUAAAUUAUGCUGCGAGGGCUCUGACCAGAAACCCACUGUGUCACUGAGUUUCACCAAUGGUCACUUGUUUACCGAGGGAAAAAAAUAGGAAAGACCAACAAGAGCGAAAUGUGUUGGUUCAAUUUGCAAUUUUGCUCGAGUCGAAAUUUCAUAUUUCUCCGAGAGUCGAGCACAACUUCUUUUAUAUGUGCUUUGUGUGAUUUACCACUUUUCUUCAAAAAACAAAGAAACAUAAAUUCACCAACGGUUUUUGGAAACGUACUGUUAAAAUGACAGUUCAAGUGGGAAAAGUUUCAUUUUCUCCCCACAGGAAAGAAAGUUCUGCAGUUUUUUGAAUAGAAAUGUCAUUUAACCAAUCGUCCACAAAACGAAAAUUUCUCCUGGUCUAUCUAUAAGGUAAAUCACAAAGUAGACGACAAAAUAGUCAUUUUCUCGACUCAGCUUAAACUUCAAUUGCCUUUGUUGUGAAAAACGUUGGGAAAAAAUACGAAAUUUCAUUUUUUCGGGCGACUUGUGGCCCUCGGUACGAUCUGAAAUGAAAUUUUUACAAUUUUUUCUUUCUCUGGGUUAACAAAUAACUAUCCUUUACAUCGGGAAGAUAGUUGGAAAUUGCAUUUUUUUGGUGAAUUUCCCUCGUUGAACAAAUAACUAUUUCACAAAAAGACUUCUGACGAUUCAGCUUAGGUGAGAAAAUGACUAUUUCUCGCCUGUGAGGUGAUAAAAAUGCAUUUUUGAUCGAUUUCUAAAAGGGAUAAAUUCUGAACAAAAUGUGAAAUACCACAACGACAUUUCGUCACACGUUGUCGAUUAUUUCUAAACGUUUCGUCACACUUAGUCGAUUUGUUCACACUUUGCUGAUUCUUCACGGGAAUUAGAUGGCCAGUGAAAUAGUUUUGCAUACAAAAUGUACGAUAAGUAUUGAAGAAUGGUGGCCAUUUACAAUCAUCAUUUUCGUGAAAUGUUCGACGCUUAGCUGCAAACAUUUAUCUAUUGCACACACACACAAACAAACAAACAAACAAAUUUAUCCUCGUUAUUUACCUAUUUUAUUAUUUAGUCACUUUGUAAAAGCAAAUUAGAAGUGGAAAAGGCAUAAACAAAAUAAAUAAAU